AUGUCUGCCCCUCUUCGCACUCUUGGCCGUGAUGGCCCUCAAGUCAAUGCCGUGGGACUUGGCCUCAUGAGUAUCGGUGGCCGCGCCUAUGGGAAAGCAGGCCCGCUCGAUGAGACCGUGGCCUUCCUGGACCACGCCCAUUCCACGGGCCAACGAUUCUGGGAUACCGCCGACAUCUAUGGCGACAGUGAAGACAUUAUCGGCGAAUGGUUCAAGCGAUCUGGCAAGCGAAAUGAUAUCUUCCUUGCCACCAAGUUCGCCCUUGGGUUCAAUGGCACGGGUACGGUUCGAUCUGACCCUGAGUAUGUCAAGGCCGCUUGUGAGAAGAGCUUGAAGAGACUCGGCAUUGACACCAUUGAUCUGUACUAUUGUCACCGCGUGGACGGGAAGACUCCCAUUGAAAAGACUGUUGAGACUAUGGUUGAACUGAAGAAAGCGGGGAAGAUUAAGUAUCUUGGAUUGUCCGAGUGCUCAGCUGCAACUCUGCGUCGCGCUCAUGCUGUUCACCCCAUCAGUGCAUACCAGGUAGAAUACAGUCCAUUUGCUCUUGAUAUCGAGGGCAAGACCACCGACGUGCUUAACACUUGCCGCGAGUUGGGCAUUGCCGUUAUUGCGUACAGUCCGAUUGGACGCGGUAUAUUGUCUGGCCAGAUCAAGUCACCUGCCGACAUUCCAGAGAACGAUUUCCGCCACAUGCUACCGAAGUAUUCCCAGGAAAACUUCCCUCAGAUCUUACGACUGGUCGAGGGAUUGCAGGGUAUUGCCAAGGCCCAUGACAGCACCACAGCACAGGUUGCUCUCGCAUGGUUGCAGGCUCAGGGCCCAGACAUUAUUCCCAUUCCCGGAACCAAGUCGACAUCGCGCAUGGACGAGAAUGCCGCUUCUGCUUUGCUCACAUUGAGCGACAAGGAAGUGCAGCAGAUUCGUGAGCUUGUUGAGCGCACCGAGAUUAUCGGCGAUCGUUACCCGGAAGUACUAAACCGAGCUACUUUUGCCGACACUCCGACAUUGUAA